UUUUUUUUUAUUGUUAUGAAUUAUCUUAGUUGUAACGUUUUAGUGCUUUAUAUUGUAUUGUCCAAGCCUGAGUUCUAUAAAAUGGAUUAAGACAUAUUAACAUAUUAGUAUUCUUUUUUUAAAGUACGUUUAGUUCCAAUUAUUAAAAAGAAACGUGAAUGGGUGAAUAACAUGCAUCAAAAAGUUUUUUUUCUUUUCUUAGAAAAAUGUAGAAUAAUUUCUGAAACACCAAAGAUAGACAGCGAAUGUCAUUUAUUUUGUCUUUUCGCAGUUUCCGUUGGUUUCAGGCAGUGUCGCAUCGCGCUGGUUUUGGGUCACGUGGUUUUGUUUAUCAGGAAGUAGGGCCACAGUCGGAGGAGUAAGCUGCCGUACCUGGUUUAUGCUAUGAAUGAGUAAAGCUUUCCACAUGUUUGCUUAGCGGAUUUUAACCCAGCAGCGAUGAGGUCGCUGAACUUCGUGCACCGGGUCAGUUUGGACUUUACCGGAACCAUGUUUCCUCACGCCAUCUGUCUGGGAGACGCAGACAACGACUCGCUGAAUGAGCUGAUUGUUGGAGACACAAGUGGAAAGCUACUAGUUUACAAGAAUGAUGAAUCCAAACCGUGGAUCACACGGACCUGCGUGGGAAUGCUGACCUGCGUCGCAGUCGGAGAUGUCUGCAACAAGGGAAAGAACCUCGUCGUGGCUGUGGGUGCAGAAGGAUGGUUCCACCUCUUCGACCUGACGGCUGCCAGCGGGAGCAAAUCGGACUCCUCCAGCCAGCAUGAAUUCCUCUGUCAUGAUGAUCAGAAACCCUUCUUCACCCAACAUAUUCCUGCAAACACUAAAGUCAUCCUCAUUAGUGAUAUCGAUGGAGAUGGCCGCUGUGAGCUGGUGGUGGGAUACACAGACCGAGUGGUCCGAGCCUUCCGCUGGGAGGAGCCGUCCGACAGCUCGGAUGGGGGAUCCGGUCAGCUGGUUCUCCUAAAGAAGUGGCUUCUUGAGGGACAGGUGGACAGCCUGGCUGUGAACCCGGGUCCAGAGGGUUUACCAGAGCUCAUGGUGUCCCAGCCGGGCUGCGGAUACGCCAUCCUGCUUUGCACCUGGACCCAACAGGACUCCACCGAGUCUGAGGACGACGCCCCUGCCACGCCCGGCAGCGACGGGCCUUCCAGAGAUGUAGUUCUCCACCUGACCAGCGGGCGGAUCCACAACAAGAACGUUUCUACUCACCUAAUCGGCAGCAUAAGCAAAGGUUCAAAAGAGGAAUCUUCUAAAUGUGGACUCUUUGCACUCUGUACUUUAGAUGGAACCCUGAAGCUGAUGGACAGCUCAGAGCAGCUCUUGUGGUCAGUUCAGGUUGAUCAUCAGCUCUUUGCCCUGCAGAAACUGGAUGUCACUGGAGACGGUAGAGAGGAGGUGGUGGCCUGCGCCUGGGAUGGUCAGACCUACAUUAUCGACCACAACAGGACCGUGGUGCGAUUCCAGUUUGACGAGAACGUCAACGCCUUCUGUGCAGGUCAAUACACGUGUAAGGAGGGCAAAAACAGCCCCUGUCUGGUGUACGUCAGUUUCAACCAGAAGAUCUACAUCUACUGGAAGGUGGCGCUUGAGCGCAUGGAGUCCACCAACCUGCUGCGAGUGCUUGAGGAAAGGCCUGAAUUUAAAAGCCAGCUGAAGGUUCUUGGAGUUGAUGCUGAGGAUUCGGCUGCAGUGAGAGAUCUGGUGGCGGAUGUUCUCUACCAGGAUGCACAGACGUAGCGCGGCGGCAGAUUUUUACCACACAGCCUUCUCUGUAUUCCCCUCCCAAUGUAAAUACUCUGCUAAUAAAAACUGUGCGACGUGCU